GGUGGCAUCGCCUUCGUGUUGAUCAAGGGAGUGCUGAAGGUGUAUUUCAAGCAGCAGCAGUACAUCAUUCAGGCCAACCGGCACAUCCUCAACUACCCAGAAAGAGAGCGAGACGCACAGGCUGAAGCUGGAGACGACGACACAGAGGACAGCGGCAAUGAAUAGUUUUAUCAGCUCGGAUUGAGGCGGGAAACAGGAAAACUGCGUUGUGAGAAUGAAGAUGGUACAAAAUGUAUUUUACCAUAAAACACAGUGGUUGAUAUUUUAAACUGGUGCGUAUGUCGAUGAGGAGAAGUGUUUGGGUGUCAGCUCGAUCCGCCAGAACGAUAUCGAUUAAAACUUUACUUUAUAAUUGUACCCUUCCUAAGCCCCGCCCCUUCUGCUCGCUGCUCCAAUAGCAGUUGAGCCUCGUCAGAACCUGAUUGUUAGGAUGGUUAAAGAUAAAAGAGACACAUAUUACAUAUAUAUUAUAUAUAUUUAUACAUAAAUACAUAUAUAUACAUACAGUCACAUGUUAGCCAAACAAUAGUUAACCAGCUACUUAAUUUACAUCAAUCGUUAACUAGUUAGCCGGCGUUUUGGAACAUAAAUAGCCACAUAUUAAUAUAUCUAGCUAAAAAAAUAAAUCUUAAUAUAUCUAGCUAACAUUAUCUAACCUAGGAUGUGACUGUAUUUAUGUCUCUUUUCUCUUUCAACCAUCUUCUCACUGUGGUUGUCUCAGCUCAGCUGUGAUUGGACCACAGAGCGAAAAGGGGCGGGGCUUAGGACAGGAUCAAUUAGAGCGAUUGUGUCCAGGACAGACUGUGAAUGAAAUUAAAACUCAUAUCUCACCAUCUUUCAGAGUAGUUUCAUCCAAAGUCUGAUUGAAAGUUUUCUCUAGAAGUCAGUUUACAAUGAACGUUUGAUUUUUUAACUUAAAUUCUCACAAUUUCAGACGCAUUCAGGCUUUAGAUAAACUCCCUCUGUCCUCCUCUGACACAGAAUCAGGAAUCAGUACAUCGUAUCACUGUUAACAGUUGCAAUAAGUCAUUUUUACAGAAUAAGGUUGUGUGUAGAGGAUUAUUACUGACGUUCACAUGUAGGUUGAUAUUGUGACGCCCUGUGUGAGUCUGAUACAAACACACGGAUGUUCAUUAUUCCACAUCUCUCUCACUUAUUGAGCCUUAGUGGAUAUUAAUGUCUUCCUUUUAUGUGCCUUAUUUGAAGCACUUUUCCAUAACGAGUACUGGACUAUAACACGAGGGCUGACCCGGUCCUCGACACACGUAGAGCCACUUUAUUUCCUGACUGUUUUCCUACUAACUGCUUCUUGAAGUUGUUUAGAUUCUUGUUUGGCACUGACAGUUUUUCUCUGUUUAAUUUAAAGGGUGUUGCUGCUGCUGCGAACACUAUCAGUUGACCUACUGUACUAUGAACUUUGACCCUCGUUAUUAAGUGACUUUUUAAUGCUCACACAUCGGUUGGUCUCCUGUUUCUUACUGAUGUUACCUGAUGUCUUGUUUUAAUAUUUGGACCUGCUGAAUCAUUAUGAAGCUUUGGGGAUGUGAAAUGUUCCCACAGCUCCCAGUACAGGAGACUCAAACCAGUCGGAGCCUUUCAGAGUUGUGUUGUACACGAUGAGUCGGUCACCGCCACAGUAAAGUUGCUCAGUUGUUUGAAGUAUAAAAAUAUAAGUUUGAAUUUGGGGCUUUUCAUGCAAACAAACAAAAAAAAAAAGCUGCCGAGCUCAAAUUAACGUCUGAUUGUCGGGUUUAAAAAGAGAACAGGAGGAAUUAGUUUUCUUUGCCAAAUGAACAUACUCUGGGACUUAAAUUGCACAAUUUCUUUGCAGUUAUGUGUAUGUUAAUAGGAGCUCUUAUUUUAUGUCUUGGUGAAUUGUUUGUUUAAUAAAGCUCUUUGUAAAACACA